UUGUCAACUUUAAUAAACGAAUUACCAUUUUUACUAUUUGAUAUCACACAGACUGCGAAUUUUAUAACUAGCAGAAAUAAGGAAAAUUUCCAUAUUUAUUUAACUUUGGGUAAAAAGGCUGGAUGUUUGGUCUUCUCCCCAACCGAACAGUCUAUCUUGUUGGGAGAGAAGUCGGGCCAUGUUUUCAAUAUAGCGAUCGACGUUUUGGGCCAUCUUUCACUUCUCACAAGUGUGGUUGUUAGCAAUGAUGGUCGCUAUAUCGGUACUUGCGAUCGAGAUGAAAAGAUUCGGAUUAGCCGAUUUUCGCAACCCUAUGUUCUCGAAUCCUUCUGCCUUGGCCAU